UUGGUGCUCUGCCCCUGAAGAGACAUCGUAAUCAUUGAACAAUGAUUCUUACACAACACACACACACCACCAGUGGUCAAAUCUAUAAAACUGUCACAUAUAUAGACCCCCACGUCAAUCAUUAAACUCCUAAGAUUACGGGAUCUUCAAUAACACCCUCUUCACAAAACGUUUAAGACAACAACAAAGUACGAAAAACAUUGGCUACGGUAGAUCUGCUGCAAUUGAAAAGUCAGUGGCACACUGUGAUCCCCGUUUUAGUUCAAUAGAGUGUGUCACAGUCCGUCCCCUGACACCGUUCCUUUGAAAGCAGUUGUUUGCAGGACAACACUCCAAAGAUCUCUGCCAGGUUGACCAUUAACCCUGCCGCUGAUUACAGCUCUUUCCCCGAUCUCACCAGCUCUUCAUGUUUCACAGAUCCACACGCUUGAGUUCAUAGCCCUCAGAUGCUCGUGGUAACUCCUGUGUCAGGCUGAAGAAGACCCUUAUGCUCCCUUCUUAAUCAGUUCAUAGCUGUGUCAACCAUGGCGAAGAGUGGAUAUGGCUACUACCGAACUACUAUAUUCCUGGCCAUGUUUGUGGGCUACACGCUGUAUUACUUUAACAGGAAGACGUUCUCUUUCGUGAUGCCCUCUGUAAUGCAGGAGAUCACGCUGGAUAAGGAUGAUCUAGGUCUUAUCACUAGCAGUCAGUCACUGGCCUACGCCAUAAGCAAGUUCAUAAGCGGUGUGCUGUCUGAUCAGAUGAGCGCACGAUGGCUUUUCUCUGUUGGGUUGUUUAUGGUUGGCGGCAUCAACGUGGUUUUCUCUCAGUCCUCGACAGUGCCGGUGUUCUCAGGCCUUUGGUUUCUGAAUGGACUGGGUCAAGGUCUAGGAUGGCCACCAUGUGCAAAAGUACUACGGAAGUGGUUUGAGCCAUCUCAGUUUGGGACCUGGUGGGCUGUGCUGUCUUGUAGUAUGAAUUUGGCUGGGGGUCUCGGGCCCAUAAUUGCCACAUUGAUGGCCCAAAGCUACAGCUGGAGGUUCACGCUGUCCAUCUCUGGCCUGACCUGUGUGGUCAUGUCCAUCUUCUGUCUGCUCAUCAUCCGAAAUGAGCCCAGUGAUGUUGGCCUGCCAAAUAUCGAAGCUGGUGCAAAGAAAGGCAAAGGAGGCUCCAGCAAAAAUGAAAGCACCUUCAAAGAGUUCAUCUUUUCUCCAUAUCUGUGGGUGUUGUCAUUUGGAUACCUGGUGGUGUUUGGGGUGAAGACUGCUUACACUGACUGGGGGCAACUUUUCCUUAUCCAGGACAAGGGCCAGUCAGCACUAAUGGGAAGUUCCUUUAUGAGUGCCCUGGAGAUUGGAGGACUGCUGGGUAGUUUAGCCGCAGGAUUUCUGUCAGAUAGAGCUGUGGCAAAGCAUGGAUUGCAUCUGUAUGGUAACCCUCGCCAUGGGCUCCUGCUCUCCAUGAUGGCUGGGAUGUGUGUCUCCAUGUACAUCUUCCGCACUACUGUCACAGCAAACAGCUCAAAUGUCUGGAUUCUAUUGCUGGGUGCUGUUUUUGGCUUUUCCUCCUAUGGACCGAUUGCCUUGUUUGGAGUUCUUGCGAAUGAAAGCGCUCCAUCGAACUACUGUGGGACCUCUCACGCCAUUGUGGCCCUGAUGGCAAACGUUGGUGGUUUCCUGUCAGGGUUGCCAUUUGGCACCAUUGCUAAACACUAUGGCUGGAACACAGCAUUCUGGGUAGCAGAGAUAGCCUGUACUGUCACCACAGUUGGAUACUUCCUGUUCCGGAAUAUCCGCACCAAGAUGGGAAGUUUACCCAAGAAGGCCGACUAAACAUUAGAGUACUAUUUAAAUGUCUUUUAACUCGUUUUUAAGAUAUGGUAUGAAAAAUAAAGGGCACAACUUGUCUAGGAUUUUACUUUUGUGUUUAUGAAAUAUAAUAAAUUCGCUGUGGAUACCUAUUCCCAAGGUAUUACACUUUUUUAGCGACAUAUCAAAUAGGAUACCAUGUUGUGUCACUUUCUGCACAUCAUGUUAUUUAUUCUGUUCAUUUUAAAAACGGAUGACAGUAUUUUACAUUGUUCUGAAUCUGCUAACUCUGUGUUUACAUUGCACAACUUUGUCUUUUGGUUAAGGCAUGUUAAAGCCAUUUCUUUACUGGUAUUAACAUUUUAUUGCUAUUAAAACAGGUAAAAUAAAUCAAUUUAUUUCUUGUA